AUGGAGGUUCUGGAUCUCGAUCAUGCCUGCUUCCUGGUCAAACUCGACAAUGAGCAAGAUUAUUUCAGGGCUCUUACAGAUGGGCCUUGGGUGAUCUUCGAUCACUACCUCUCCGUUCAGCAAUGGACGCCUCAGUUUAAAGUUUCAGACCCUCUACCUAAGAAGAUGAUCGUGUGGGUGCAGUUCCCGGCGCUGAAGAUACAUUUCUACCAUAAAGAAGUUCUCACAUCGAUCGGAAAUCUCAUCGGAAGAACCAUUAAACUCGACUAUCAUACGCUCAAUAGACAGCGAGCGAAGUUUGCUCGUAUUGGGUGGAAGUCGACUUGA